CCCUCUAGUCCACCGGAAGUAUAAUAGAAGAGAAAUGACGGAAAUGACGCAACGGUUACUGUUUAACAUGUCUAGUGUUCGGGUUUCAGAGUGAUUGUUGUUGAAGAAAUCUGCUAACAAGUUAAAAAAAAAAAAAAAAAAGAUCGUCCGGCAUGAGAAGGAGACCAGCCGUCAGCUCAGACUGCUGGACAUCAGCUGGAAACCGGAGAUAAAGCCACACAUUACAGUCCUCCCACAUCAACAUGAAUUGUGAGGAAGAGGAGGGUCUGGAUGAUCAGCAGGUCUGUAACCAGGAGAGGAACUCCAGUCUGGACCAAAAAGAGCCUCCUCAGAUUAAAGAGGAACAGGAGGAAGUCUGCACCGGUCAGGAGGCCGAAGGCAUCAUCGUCUGGACCGGAAAAGAGCGGCUCAGACUGCUGGAUACCAUUUGGAAACCUGAAAUAAAGUUACACAGAAUAGACCUCCACCAGCAGGAUAUCGGUAAGGAGGAAGAAGUUCUCACAGAUCAGCAGGUCUGUAACCAAGAGAGGAACUCUAAUCUGGAACAGGAGGAUCCAGAACCUCCGCAGAUUAAAGAAGAACAGGAGGAAAUCUGCAUCAGUCAUGAGGAAGAACCGCUUGUAUUGAAGGAGGAGACUGAGACCUUUAUGUUGGCUUCUACUUACGAGGAAUGUAAAUCAGAACCAAACAGUGACCAGUUCCUUUUUCACAACUCUCCUGAUCCAGAGAGCCAAGAACAAGAAGAAAGCGAGCAUGUGGACUUAACAUCAAGUAAAAAGUUAUUAAAAUGUGACACUUGUGGAAAAAAUUUUCAGUAUCAGUCCAAACUUAAUAGACAUCUGAGAGCUCACACAGGUGAGAAGCCAUAUUUUUGUGUCACAUGUGGGAAGAGAUUUAGUCAGAUGAUACACUUAAGAAAGCACAUCAGAAUUCACACAGGUGAGAAGCCUCAUCCUUGUAGCAUCUGUGGGAAUAAGUUUAAUGACAUGUCAGCAUUCAAAUCGCACAUGAGAAUUCAUACCGGUGAAAGACCAUAUUCUUGUAGCACCUGUGCGAAAAGUUUUAGCCAAAUGAUACACUUGAAAAUUCACAUGAGAGUUCACACAGGUGAGAAGCCAUAUCCUUGUGAUAUGUGUGAGAAAAGAUUCACAAAUUUGAUAAACUUGAAAACGCACAUAAGAAUUCACACGGGAGAGAAACCACAUUCUUGUAACAUCUGCGGGAAAACCUUUCGUCAGAAUUCGACGUUGCAAACUCAUCUAAGAAUCCACACCGGUGCGAAACCAUAUUCUUGUAGCACCUGUGGAAAAAGAUUUAGUCAUAUUAAAAACUUGACAACUCACUCAAGAAUUCACACAGGUGAGAAGCCAUAUACUUGUAGCACCUGUGGGAAAAAUUUCAGUCAGUUGACUCAUUUAAAAAGUCACAUGAGAAUUCAUACUACCUUACAAAAUGUGGCAGAGUAGGAGUGUGUGGCUGUUAGAAUGCAUAGUGAGGAAAAUCACAGCUACACCUGAGGGGAAAAAAGAUGACCUUAUAUUCUGGUCUGUAUGGUAUAGUUUUUAAUAAUAUUUAUUCAAAUUGGCUGUGUUUUUGUUCUGAUGUAAUUGAAAGCCCAGUUUUAUAAAAGGGUCUCAAAUAAGCCAGUUAUUAGAACAUUUCCUACUGAACCAUCUUCAGUUUGUAUAAACGUUUCACAGUACAAAUUUUAAACCUGCUAAAGUCCUGUGAAAUUUUAGCUUCACAUAUUAAAGAAAAACAACACAAAAAGUUAUAUUUUUUAAGUUACUUUCAAAAGUUAUAUGGUUUGUAACUAAGUUGUAAAGUGUUUUUA